UUCAAGGGCGUCUGAAAAUCUGGAGCGUUAGAUCUGAGCUCCGCUGGUAUCACCCGAUCCAUGAGCCGCACCAAGCGUUGUGCCGCGUUGCACAGCCCGAAUGGCCGUGAACGCAGUAUACUCCUUGCUUCUCUCAUCCAGUUCAAUCUGCCAAAACGCAAGCUUCAGGUCUACGCUGGAGAUGUAGUGCGUCUGAUCUAUCCUGGAGAGGAUUCCUUCUAUACUGGGCAGAGGGUACGCAUCCUUAAUAGUCGAGGCGUUCAACUUCGGGCAUCCACGCAGAACCGGUCUUUCCCUGGCUUCGACACCUCUGUUGUGCGAUUGCUCCACGGGCUUUUGCUCUCCUCGAUAACACCCAGCUCCAACAUCUUGUCGAUUUCGUCUUCGACCACCUUCUGCUUCACCGGAGACAUCGAAUACGGACGAUCCUUGAAGACACGAGCUCCUUCCGUCAGCUCAAUAGAAUGCCUCUUCAUGCUGGUGACUCCGAGGCCGUCCCUUUAAAAGAAAGGGUCCAGGAUUCGGGUUCCUCCCUUACCUCGUCUUCAUCUUCCUGGUCGGCAUAGUGCUCCAUCUGGCUGGCAUGGAUUACCUGCGCUGCCUUGACGCCUCUCGUUGCCGGCUUCCCCACGUCGGCUGGAGCUAGUCCGAAGGUCGCCAGAAGUCGACCCCGAAGUACGCAGUUUGGUCCAGGUAUGGACACAGGUAGAACGUGACUGGCUUUGUACCUCCCAGGCAGCUCCAAGCGUCCGAUGAUGGAUCGAUCCUCACCAGAAGCUGUCCGGACUACCGAAAAAUACGGUUGGACGGUAUCUUCUAGCGUUUCCACGAGCUCUCGACAGCCUUUGGCGAAGGGUCUAGGAUCGGCGGAAUCUAUGUGUUUAACGGCCGCCACCACCUCUCGUCGUCUGGAUCUCCUCAUCCUGAAGCACUCCCUUGCCUUCUGGACUCUCCGUGAGACCAGACGCAUGCCGCUCAGCUGAUGCUCCGCAAAGAUCCGGUUCCGUGCCUCCAUAUAACGGCGAAGCCUCUCAUCCUCCGCCAGCCGACCGUUUUCCGCGCAAUCGGGACAUUUCGGAGAAAUCACGCCCAGCUUGCCGCAUCGUUGGCCAUCGUCCUCGCCGCCGAAGGAGAGGUUCCAGCGGUCCACUCGGAUCUAGCGGUUUCCGUUGCCGGCUCCCGCGUUGGCGUACAACCGCGGCUCGUCACGAAAAUCCGCCGCCCUUCGGUCCUCGAUGCGCCACGGCCGUGCGUGGCGAUCACUCCUUCCUGCCGGAUGAUACUCCGGUUCCUGGCUCAGGCUGCUGUCGAUCCCUGGAGAGUCGUUCACCUGCGGUCGAGGUCGCUGCCUGGGUUUCAAUUCCGGCGGCCUUCGGUAGCCUCCUCCUGUCUCCUGCCGCUGCUGAACUUCCGCUGGACCAUUUGCGCCGCCUUCCGGGCACCACCGGGCGCCGACGGAGUGGGCACCAUUGACACUUGGCGAAUCGCGCCCUCCUGGAGCGGCUGCGGUUUGCUUUCGGCUGUCCUAAGAACAUCGUUCUUCAAUUUCAUCAUGUCCAUGAAUCCGUUCUUGAUUUUCUCCCGCAAGGCCUGGCUCACUCCCAACUCUUGCGAUGCCCGAUAUGUAUGGGCCGCUUGUGCCAGAGCUGCGUUCAUCGCAGACUCCGCCGCUGUAUCCGUGUUCCGUGUUCAGCUUUUGUAGUCCCGUCUGCUCCGGAACCAGAAGUCGAUCCUGCGCCUCGACAAUUGCCUUGAAAUCCAGGACCCUGGGCGACCGAUGGUGCUCCAGAUCCGCCGGUUGAUCCCUAAUCCGAUCCACCGCACUACCGGCUACCGGCGUUCUGGGUAAACCCCCAGACAGCGAUAUCCGCGGCAACCCAGCAGCACCCUCUACAUCCGUGGACCAGACAUCGUCCUUGUCGUCGCCAGGGGGACCCAUCGACCUGAGCUGGUGGCCGUGCCUAUCGCUGACGUCCUUACCCUCGGACAUACUUCCCAAGAAUUUUUAAAUAAAUACUUAAUGACUACUAAUACUAUAAUAAAUAUGAUAAAUA